CUCGUCAUCGCUCUUCGGGCGCUGGAGGCCCUUCCUCCUUGCCAUGUAACUUUGUAAGCAUCGCGAUAGCAAUUUACUUGUUGAGCUCGGAUACCCCAUGAUCGUGCCUGCCGUCGUCUAGGCUGCAUCCAGCAUCGUGUCCAACAUCGCAGGCCGAGUCAUUCGCUAUCGCUGGCCACAGAGAUAGGGACCUCUAUAAACACCACGGUGCAGACAAGCCAGGACGGCCCUGCCUAUGAGCGCCCCGCCCGGAAAGUCAAGACUCUCGGCGUCGAACCCGUUCCCCAGCGUCUCUUCGACGGUAUGAAGCAAUACGAAGACGCAGCCCGAGGUUUGCAGUCCCUUCAGCUGUCGUUUUGUCCGCUUACGCUCUGUUCUCUCUAGGAUUCUCUCUCUUCGGGUUUGAGCAGGGGCUCGAUGGGGAGGCCGAGGAAGCAGGCAUAUUCAUAGGUCAUCGUCCUCAGGAUGCCACCGUCGAACAGAUCUAUCGCAUCCCCAAAGACACUUCCAAGCACGAUCUCGAGCGUAUCACCCAUUUCGACAUCGGUACUGGUCGGACAAUCACAGAGUUCAAGCCCAUCCCAGGAGAGGACUGGCGAGGGACGUGGAGAGCUGGUGGUGCAAUCAUGGUAAUGGAUAUCGACGGACGGGAAAUGAGUCAGUUGUGGCGGUACUGGGAAGAUUCUCCCGCUGGAACUUUUCCUCCUAUCGAAGGCGAAUUGGACAACCGACCCGGAAAAGGUCGAAUCGAGCGACUGACACACGACGACUUCAAAUAUGCUAGCGUCAUCGUCUCAAAGUCUGGGCGUAUCCUCACUUUCAGCUCCACGAAAGAGAACGGUAGAGAUACCCUGAUCUACACCGCGAAACUCAUCGACUCGCAUACCACAAUAUCUGCCGAUAGCGUUGGAGAACUGGAGCUGCAGUCAGAGCUAGUCACUCCGAUCCCCAGCCUCGAUGGACCCACGGUUCACUGGGUUGCUCAAGAUAUCUCUCUGGACGAUCGAUAUAUCCUUGUCACUUUGAUGGAGAGCUCGAACUAUCGACCCCUUUACCUCAUAGACACCUUGGCCCCUUCACUCUCUUCGCCCAGAGAGAUUCGGUUUCCAGGCGCAACCGAACCAGAGUCCGAGAUAGUCCAUCGCUCUCCUAGGUUCUCGCGCGACCCAAGCACUCCCGAUCUCCUCUACGACCUUACGUCCGCUUUCGGCGACUUCUACUCUGUCGUAGCUUACGACCUGAAGACCGAGACAGUGACACACGUUACGACUCCCGAUCCCGGACUACAUGGCCUCCGUGCUAUUCCAUGGGAUUUCAUGCCUCCCAGAGUCACGUCUGAGGGUGUGUUCUUCCGCUCUAACGAGGCAGGAUGGCAAGUUCUCUAUGCUCUAGUGGUCCAUGGCGUUAACAGGGGCAAGGUUGUGGAGGUGCGUAUAGAGGGAUGGGAAGGCGGCAUUCUCGCAGAACAGACCAACGAGAGAAACGGGAAGCCCUGGGAACUGGCCUUGCAGCUCGUUUCUCACCGUACCAAAGGCUCUAUCGUCCAUCUUGACCUUGCUUCCGCUUUGGAAUCCGAGGUUCAAACUGACGGGAACGGCAACCCGUACAUCACCGUUUCAGUCUCUCCUUACGUGAAGGCUGCGGCACAGAGACCGGCGUUCAGGACUAAGGGGCCGAAGUUGUUGAGUUAUGACAGUUUCGAUGGGCUGAAGGUACCGGCGAUGUAUUAUCACCCCGAUGACGGAAAGUCGGUCGUUCCUGUGGUCAUAUAUAUACACGGAGGGCCGGAGGGGCAGAGUACCUCUCAGCCCCGAUCGCCCAUCCACUGGUAUCUGCUCAACGAGAUGGGAUGCGCCGUGAUCUAUCCCAAUGUUAGGGGGAGUAUAGGGUACGGAAAGAAGUAUCUCGCCGCAGAUGACGUCUACAAACGAGAGGAUGCUGUCAAAGAUAUUGGAGCUUUGUUGGACUACAUCUCUAACAAUAUGAAAACCGAGCUCGAUGCGAAUAAGAUAGCUGUUAUGGGUGGCUCCUAUGGAGGAUAUAUGGUAUACGCCUGCCUGGUUCACUUCUCUCACAAGCUCACGUGCGGUCUCGCCGACUACGGUAUCUCUCACUGGCCAUCGUUUCUUGAGAACACUGCCUCGCACCGUCGUGCUCGCCGCCGCAUAGAGUACGGAGACGAGUCUGACCCGGUCGUUCGCGAAUUCCUCGAGAAGAUCUCGCCCAUCAACCAUACGGACAAGAUUACGGUGCCUUUGGUUAUUGCCCAUGGAGAGAACGAUACGAGAGUGACUGUUCAUGAAGCACUGGCGAUGAGAGGCAAGAUUGUGGAGCAGGGAGGGUAUGUGGAGUUGAUCGUCUGCGAGAAAGAGGGACACGGCUUCAAACAGAAGCCGGUCAUCGAGUACGUGAAUGGAGCGAAGAUCCAUUUCUUGGAGAGGUUUUUACUGGAGAAGCAUUGAAUGACGCCAUAAUCAGGAAUAUGUCUGUUUUCGGUUGUGCACGAUGUAAAUACGUGGUGAAAUUCGGUGUGAUAGGUUCGACGAGAGCAAUUGCGUAGGCUGAUACAAGAGAACGUAAAAAUGGCAGGCAGGGCAUAUGAGCAUAACGGUAUAAGGAUACAAUCGUCCAGGUAAUCGUAAUGCUAGAAAAGAUAACAAAUAAGAAGAUAACGCUCCCAACACUUUCUUUACGCCCGCUGAGACUUUCUCCAAUACCCAAUAUGAAUACAUUUAUCUGCGCCCCCCGAUAUGAUCCUCUUACCGUCCAUUGAAAACUGAACAGAAAAAACUACGCGAGCAACACGAAGUUGAGGCUUGUCCUUCACUCUUUCUACGUGCCAAUCUAGUGAUGCGAGCAACGAACGAGAGUGAACAUCAUGAAUGUAGAUCAUUCCAUCACUGGAUCCGGUAGCAAUCUUCUGGCCAUCAGGAGAGAAGUCGACACAGACCGCCCCAGGCCACGCUUCUCCGAUACCCUUCUUCCGAGAAGGAAUGACGAAGCUACAUAACAUUACGCCUGUGUCGACGUCCCACACUCGGGAUUUCUGAUCAACUGAGGCAGUCGCUAUACUCCGUCCACUGGGAGCGAAAACGACAGAGUUGACGGUAUGAUGAUGGGUGAGGGAAGUCAGAAGAUAGCCGUUGGCCUUGUCCCAUAUGCAGACGGUGUCGAAUGCGGAGCCCGAGGCAAUCUUGCGUCCAUCAGGAGAGAACGCUAAACAUGUUACUCCAACCGCCCAUCUCUUUGUUGCUCGCGAGAAGACGCUCCGUUUUGUGUGGUGGUACGUGCGAAGAUAAGUCCCCGUACUAGAGUCGAGCAAGUGUAUGAGGCCGUCUGUUCCACCUACGGCGAUCUGUGUUGCGUCUGGUGAGAAGACUGCGAUGGGCGUCGG